AUGCAUUUCUCCGUUGUGCUUUUAUCUCUCCUGCCCACAGCACUUGCCGCGCCGGUCGCGGAUGCGCCAGAGAAGCGAAGCCCGCAGGGCCUCCCCAUCCAGGCUGGUUCGCCUCAGGAUACCUUUGGUGGCGUCGGCCAGCCCAAUCCGUUUGCUACCGAUGAGCAGAUCCAGAGCCACCCCGCGGGGUUCUUUUCUGGCCAGCUGGGCAAGAGAGCUGCUGAGAAGCGCAGCCCACAGGGCUUGCCGAUUCAGGCCGGCUCGCCUGAGGAUACCUUUGGCGGCGUCGGUCAGCCUAAUCCGUUUGCUACCGAUGAGCAGAUCCAGAGCCACCCCGCGGGAGCUACCGAGAAACGCGACCCGCAGUUCUUCGGCGGCGAGGGCGACUUUGACCAAGGAUUUGGCGAAGUAUUCGGUGGAUAA